UGGUGGUGGUGGUGGAGUACGACGACGACGACGACGACGACGAGGAGAAGAAGAAGAAAAAGAGAAAUAAGCCGGAUAGAAUGGCGGACGACGGACAGGAGAACGACACGAGCAACGGCGAUGUGCCGGAGAUCGAGCUCAUCAUAAAGGCUUCGACGAUCGAUGGACGCAGAAAAGGCGCUUGCCUGUUUUGUCAAGAAUACUUUAUGGAUCUCUACCUACUUGCCGAGCUCAAGACGAUCUCCCUGAAGGUGACGACCGUCGAUAUGCAGAAGCCUCCACCGGAUUUCCGCACUAACUUUCAGGCUACGCCGCCGCCGAUCCUCAUCGAUAACGGCGACGCCAUCUUAGAGAAUGAGAAGAUCGAGCGGCAUAUAAUGAAGAACAUACCCGGCGGCUACAAUCUCUUCGUCCAGGAUAAGGACGUCGCGACUUUGGUCGAGAAUCUCUUCAGCAAGCUAAAGCUGCUCCUACUGAAUGCGAAGGACAAGGACAAGGACCCGAAGUCGUCCUCGCUCAUGGCCCAUCUGCGUAAGAUCGACGAGCAUCUCGGGCGCAAGGGUACGCGCUUCCUCACGGGCGAUACGAUGUGCUGCUUCGACUGCGAGCUCAUGCCUCGACUCCAGCACAUCCGCGUUGCCGGCAAAUACUUUGCGGACUUCGAGAUACCAGAGAGUAUGGUGCACCUUUGGCGAUAUAUGCAUCAUAUGUACAGGCUCGAUGCAUUUCUGCAGAGCUGCCCCGCCGACCAGGAUAUCAUCAACCACUACAAGCUUCAGCAGAGUAUGAAGAUGAAGAAACACGAGGAGCUUGAGACACCGACAUUUACCACAAGCAUCCCCAUCGAGGUCAACGACGAUUAGACGAAUCGACGAAGCUGGGCCUUCGCAUAUACGCCACUGUUGUCAUUGGCUUCCAUGUGUUUACACAUGCAUACGUACACCAGAAUGCACGCGCGCAACCAUCUACUCGUGCCCUUACACGUUUACACGUAAUCA